CGAAAGUGGUCGUGGUGGUAGCGUUGACGGACGUGGAAAACACUUCUUGGUUAAGGCUUCCCCUAAUCCAUCUCCAGAAGGGCGGCUCUGAAGCUGUCCGAUAAGGAGAAAGACGCAUGGAUAAAAAGGGAGAAAGACGCAUGGAUAAGGGUCGUGAGCUCUAACUUGGAUCGUGGAGACAAGGCUGAGGUUGAUUCGCGCGUUUCCUCAGUACUACAAAAGUGGCAAUCUGCACAUCAUCGUACCUCCGAGAAGGUUUUAUCCAAGUCCGAGUACGUUUGUGAAGCAGAAGUACCGGGAUCCCGAGGAUCGGACGAAGUGGAGGACUUUAUGGACUCUAGAUAUUCAAGUGCUAGAUAUUCCUUUAAGGACUCUAGAUAUUCAAGUGUUGUGAGAUAAGGAAUGCUAAAACUUCGGGUGUCUUCUAUCAAGCAUUCGGAGGACUUUAAGGACUCUAGAUAUUCAAGUGUUGUGAGAUAAGGAAUGCUAAAACUUCUCCACUUGUUGUGAGAUAAGGAAUGCUUCGGGUGUCUUCUAUCAAGCAUUCAUCGUCCACCAAUUAGCCUCAAAAGGCAAUGAGAAGUGUCAUUACUGAACCGUCGGCAACAGUAGCAUAGUACAAAGACAAGCAAGCACUACCCUCUAGAAAGAUCUAGUAUUCUUUCUUUCUAAUUCAAAAGCAAAACUACGACGUGAGUUUUCUGUUGCUAUACUGCUCGUUUGCGAAUGCGAAAUGGUUUUUGAUGUUAGAGGACGACAUCGCGACACGGCCAGGGUUCGAUGCCAAGCUAGUGAAAUACCUCCAGGGACGAAGGCCAGACUUCAUUCAUGCGCAAUUUUAAGACUUGGUUUUGGACCACGAUUUUGUUGGGCAACCAGUGCGCGGGGAUUGAUUAUCUACAUGAGAUUUUCUACUAGAGUAGUUACAUCUAGCUCCACACAAAUCGAAAUGUCGUAAGCUAGAAACCGAAACAAAGAGCUCUCUUUGGCUCAUUCCCUUCCCCCAUUGUAGCCUGACUCGUAUCAUCUUGAUCUUCUCUAAUUUUCCACCUAUCUGGGACUCAUAGGAAAACUGUUUCCUAUCUCGGUGAUAUUGAGUUUCUCGAAGUUGAUCUUCCAUUUUGCAGAAGA